GCACCUCCCCGUGACAUUACGGCUCGGCUGGGCGGAGGGGUCUCCUCCGCGCAGCGUCCCCCUGCCGCUGGGUCGGGGCGGCGCCUGGCCGUGACGUCACAGCGGCGCUGUGUCGGGGCGGCUCCCGGAGCUCGGCGGGCGGAGCUGUUUGCGCAGCGCCGGCGGGGUCGCAGGCAGCUGCAGCAGCAGCCGGGAGCGGUGGGACAGCCCGGCGCCAUGAAGUUCCAGUACAAGGAAGACCACCCGUUCGAGUACAGGAAAAAAGAAGGGGAGAAGAUCCGGAAGAAAUACCCCGACAGAGUCCCCGUAAUCGUGGAAAAAGCACCCAAAGCCAGAGUACCUGACUUGGACAAAAGAAAGUAUCUCGUACCUUCCGACCUCACAGUUGGUCAAUUCUACUUCUUAAUCCGAAAGCGGAUCCACCUGAGGCCAGAAGAUGCUUUGUUCUUCUUCGUCAAUAACACCAUCCCUCCCACCAGUGCUACCAUGGGCCAGCUGUAUGAGGAUAACCAUGAGGAGGAUUAUUUUCUCUAUGUGGCCUACAGCGAUGAGAGUGUCUAUGGCAAGUGAGCAGCAGCCCCCGAGGCAUGCAGGCUGGAUGGACUGAUGGAAUGGAUUGGCGGGGAUGGGGGUUGCUGGAGAGGCAGGAGGAGGAUGCAUGAGAAGAGAAAAAGAGAACUGGAAGUGAACCACAUGCACAAUGUCACCAGCUUCCACACAUUAUCACCAUUAUUUUUUAAAUUGAGGGGAGUCAGGGUAGGGGGACAGGGUGAGCUUGAAGAUUAAGGAGAGGUUCCACACUGGGGGGGUUGGGGAAACUCCACUGUUCACAAUUCUUCUCUUGCCACAGCUGGAAGUAGUUAGUGCUGGAGGCUGCUAGACAAGCCAGUGUAGCGAAGCUCCAGGAGAGUGACUGGGCAGGAUGGCCAUUUUCAUGUAAUCCUUUCAUUGGAUGAAGAAGGCAUGCCAUGUAUUGUACACUGACCUUGUCCUGUCUUGUCCAUAGCUCCCAUUCAGUGAGCUGUGAAAUACUUCACUCUGCCCACACAAGGCUGUCCUGUGCUGACAGUCAUCACUCCAGCUACUACCUGUGAAUUGUUCCAAGGGUAUUGUGUUUCCCAUCAUUUCCAUCAGUAUUAGAAGGGCUAGUAGCUCUGUCCAUCAGUAUUAGAAGGGCUUACUCUGAGGGCCGGGAACUCCUCAGCUAUAAGACAUGAAGGUUGGGGAAAGGAAGGAAAAAUUCUGCAAUUUUUUUCCUUUGUUGCUUUAAUUGCAACUGCUGGACAGAAAAAUUACCCUUUUGUUCUUUUCAGUGUAGUCAACUGAUAAACUUGUAAGCGCAGGGCUAGAAAGGACCUCAAGAGCCCACACCAGCUCUGAGACGACUGAGUAUCCCAAACGUCCACCAUGGCUUCUCAUCAAACUUGUUCUUUACUGAACUUCACUGAGGAAGAUCCUGGAGGCUGCUGAGAUUGUCUGUUCAGUUCCUAGCUAGCCUACAAGUGAGAUUGCUUUUCCUGAUACCUAACUUUAGUCACCCUUGCUGUGCAUUAAGGCAACUAACUACUAGUGGUCUUGUUUUUGGUGAACACAGAAAAUUAUCUAUCAGUGUUGUCCUUGUACCAGUCUUCUGCAGAUUUGAGGAUGGCAGAGUUCCUGUGGGUUUAGCCUUCCCUUCCAUGUCUCAUCCCUGUACAGCCCUUGCACCACGUGCACAAGCGUAGGAAAUCAGUCACUGCUGCAUGUGUUUUGCUGGCUUUUUGUGAUUGGGUAACAGUGCCUCUCUGUGCCACAAGAGAGGUUCUUUUAGACUUGAAGGGAAAAGGGAAUAGGUUAUCUUUAGAUUUUUUUCUUACUUUGUUUUGAGCCGGUGUUGUUCUUAGAAGGGUGUCAGAUGCUGUGCAAGCCUUACGUUGUCAUGCCAAAGCAGUUUCUUCUCAGUGGCACAAACAGCACAUUUUCCCAUUACUGCUGUAACUAUGAUGGAAUAGGUCUUGGAGAGUGAGCUGACUUCCAGGAAAAUUCUGGGGUCUUAUGUAAAAAUCAGGCCUGAAUUACUGUAAACAUUCCUACAUUUAAAAGAGAGGGACCAAGAGGGAGGAAAUGAGAAGGAUGGAGAAUACAGGUAAAUUCCAAAUUAAGUUGGAGGAGUUUACUCAAUUUACUUACUUGUAAAGUUAGAUCACCAUUCCCUAUGUUCCUCAGGAAUGAGAAAUCAAGAUGAGUGCUCCUCUGAGUGUGGGGAACAGGAAAUGACGUUUCAGCUUUCUCUUAGUGUUGUUACAUGGAGGUGCAUGAAGCAGGAGAACUGAUGGGAGUGUCAAGUGGGAGAUGCUGGCAUGACUGUGUGAAGGUCAGGGAGGGAGGUGGGGUGGGAGGGUUACUGCCUGUGUGGGUGGGAAGUACCAGAAGAAUGGGAAAGAAGGGAAGAAUCACAAAGGAUGCAGACAGAGUAGUCAGAAUGGGCAGACAGAAAAUGAGGGCACAGAUGAUGUGAUGGUUGGCAUAAUAUCCCCAGUAUUACAUCCCGAACUUCAGGUUUGCUGUUCCAUCCUGUGUUCAUCUGGAAUAAAUGUGUUUGGAUGCAUUGUACCUACUGCCAACUUGGAUAACUUCAGUUUCUGCCUGCACUGCUCAGUCCUCUCUUUUAGACUCACUCUCCUUCAGCUACCAGGCUUUCUUCACAUCGUUUGGGUGCAAAUCUGCAUCAAUCUCUUGUUUUAGUGAGCUCUGAAUAUUCUGAAGCAGAGGACAGACCCAGGAGGCUUUCUAGCAUAAAAGAGAAGACACAGGCAGAUGGUGUGCAUCUCUCUGCUGCUGUCCCACUUGUUCAUGCCAAGCUCAUGGUUAAGCACACUCAGGGGAGAAAGAGUUGGCACUUGGGGUGCUUGGUUUUGUGUUCAGUCCUCCUUUCCUGCUGCUGGGUUUAAAUGACAUGUGGGACUAAUGGCAACUGUUUGUUACGUGUAGAGUUUGUGAUUUAAUUUAGUUCUUUUCCAGUCCUUUCAACUGAAUUGUGGCAUUUCUGUUUUUGCGCUAGUAUUGUACGAGGUGAUGAUGGUAAUUUUUUUGUGCUGAUUAGCUGCAGGUUCCUGUAAAAUAAAGUUCAGACUAGAGCUUAAUCAACUGAUCAAUAAAGAUGCAUUUGAAAAUCA